AAUUACCUAUUACCUUGAAGUAUUUUAAAAUUCUAAAUGACGCUCAUAAACGUGUUUGGUAGGGCUUUCUUCGCUUGCUAGCUAAUGCUAACGACACUAUGUAGCUAACUGAGCAGUUAACCGCGUUAGUCGCUUUAAUAUCCGUGUCUUUUGGAUAAAACGUAUGUUUAUAUCCUCUGUAGAUUCCGGAUGUUCGUUAAACGUGUCCUCGAUCAACCCAGCUAUUAAAUGUCUUUGCUUUUGCCAGCAUCUGCGAUGGAUAUGUUGGUUCUCAGCACAGGUUAGUCGGUCCAGAUGUCAGAGGACCAGCAGCACCAGCGGGCCGACGCCUCCCACAGGGACAAGUGCGGCCUGGAGCCGGGGGAGGGCGACACAGAGCCCAGCAUUUUGCUGCAAAAGCUGAGCAGCAACAUCUCAAAGAACGUUCAGACCAAAGUGGAUCAAAUCUUGCAAGAUGUUCAGCGCUUCUCAGACAAUGACAAGCUGUUCCUGUACCUCCAGCUGCCCUCGGGGCCCAGCUCCGGAGACAAAACUGGUGGCGACCCGAGUUCAUUCAACACAGCUGACCAGCUGCACACCUGUAACUGGAUCCGGAGUCACCUGGAGGAGCAUUCAGACACCUGUCUGCCCAAACAGGAUGUCUACGAGACGUACAGGAGGUACUGUGAGAACUUGCAGCAUCGACCCCUGAGCGCUGCCAACUUUGGGAAGAUCAUCAGAGACAUUUUCCCCAACAUCAAGGCGAGGCGACUCGGCGGCAGAGGACAGUCCAAGUACUGUUAUAGUGGCAUCAGGAGGAAGACGGUUCUGAACAUGCCUCUGCUGCCCAACCUGGACUUGAAGAAUGACCCGUCGGAGCUGACCGAGCUGGUCCAGACCUACAAACAGGAAGUGACGGAGGCGGCCUGCGAGCUGAUCUGUGAUUGGGCCCAGAAGAUCCUGAAGCGAUCCUUCGACACGGUGGUAGAGAUCGCUCGCUACCUGAUCCAGGAGCACAUUGUCAACCCUCGCUGCAACCAGGCCAAGCUCGUCACGUCCGCUGCGCUCGCAGGCGGUCCAGCUAAAACCCAUAAAGUCAUAAAGAAAACUCCUGUGAUGUCUCCAGCUGACGGAGACGGAGCCGCAGACCAGAAGAAGGAACAGGGAGACAUGUGCUCGUCCUCACCCAAGAUGUCUUCUGGGGACAAAUCCACAUCAGCCGUCCCCAAGCCUUCCUCAGCAGACGCCCCGCCUCCUCUUCCUCCUCCUCCUCCUCCUCACUCCUCCUCUACCUCUUCUGCCUCUCUGCAACCAGCAGUGGAUGCGUUCAUGAAGCAGUUACCCAGAAUCCUUCCUCGCAGCACCGUUCCCGACAAGAGCUUCUCCGUCCGCUCCGCUGUGCCCCCACCGGUGCCGGUGGACGCCGCCGUCGGCGUGCCGUCUGCACAUGGAGGCACCGCCGCCAUCACAGCUCCUGCCAACAGCGGUGGGGUGAAGGUCAUCACCAUGACGACGCUGCCCCAGCAGCAGGGCAGGACGCUGCCGGUGAUGAUUCUUCCUCAGAGCUGUUUGUCCUUUGAGGCAGAGAAGGUAGCUCCACCCCCUUCUCUGUCUGCCCAGCAGCACACCGUGGCGGCGCCGACCUCGGUGGUCCAGAAAGCUCGGGGCGCCGCCGCCAAGCGACCCCAGGAGGGGGAAGUGUCGUCCAUCGGUGUCUCAGCCGCUUCCUCUCUCAGCACUUCUCCGGUUAAACGGAAACGUGGCCGGCCGAGGAAACCCAGACCGGAAGACGCGGUUCCAUCCCCAUCUCCUCAGCCGCCGCCGCCUCAGCCGCCGAUCAUCACGCCACUGACCGGCGGCGUCAUCCAGAAGGCGACAUCCUCCUUGUCGUCCGCCGCGCAGACGGUGGUGGAGCUGGUGAUCCAGGAGCCGCCGGGGCUGGUUCUGGGUCAGCUGCCCGCCAUGUCCGACCCGGCCCACCGGCUGGUGGACCCCCGUGGCGUGGUGGUGCAGUGCCAGCCGGGCGGCGCCGCCGACCCGGACAGCCAGGUGAGGCCUGUGCUGCUCUUCCACAGUCCUGGGAACCCCAGCUGGGAGCGGACCCCCAUGGUGGAGGUGAUCCAGAAGGCGCCGAGGCCGAACAACAACAGCGGUGGCGGCGGCGGGUUCGGCAUGGCUCCGUUCCCGCCGCUGCCCGCGCCCACGCUGCAUGAGGAGCAAGGCGAGGUGGAGAUCACGCUGACGCCGGUGGAGGUUCACGUUAACCCGCCACCUGCCUCCACCUCCUCUGCUGCUCCUGCCUCCUCCCUCUCAAUCUCCUCCACCAUGGUGGUAAAGAUUGAGGAGGAGGAAGUAGACAACAGCCCCUCCCCCCUGAAAGGAGGACAUUAGCUUUCAUCAACCACCUACUUCUGUAUUCACUCAGAUUUUACCUCAAGGCUCCCGCCCCCUCCUCCUUCCAUCCUUGUCCUGAUUGGUGGAAAUCCCAGAUUGGCUGGAGCACGAAAGCCAAUCCAGUAGGAUAAAUGAAGCCAGGAAGUCUACACUUUUACUGCAUGUUUGUUUGUGAGCGACAUGUGGUUUACACUGCAAAACCACAAAAUCUUACCAAGGAUUUUUGGUCUAGUUUCUCAAGCAGAUAUCUU